AUGUUGGUUCAGUUCUCCGCCCACGUUCUGGAAAGUAAUCAACUUGUGUUUAUAGUUCCUAGGUUUUUCGAUUUACGAAGAGGGACUGUUAUGGAUCACAUCACAUCUCUUCCUCAUCAAAAUGAACAAAAUGUAAUUCGUCAUCUAACAAAUUUUGUAAAAUCACCAGCUUCUGGAGAUGCGGACAUCAAAAAGAAGGAAGAGUCUAUUAUGGAGCUUGGGAACAUGCUCGCCAAGAAUAAGCAGACGGAAGAGCUGCGCAAGAUGAUUGAACAAACUCGUCCCUUUCUCGUAUCCUUGGGAAAAGCAAAAGCUGCUAAGCUGGUAAGAAAUCUGGUGGACCUAUGUCUCAUGAUUGAUGAUCAAGAUGGAGAUAUCAAGAUCGAACUUGUUCGCGAAUGUAUCCAGUGGGCCAUGGACCAGAAUCGCACCUUCCUUCGUCAAACACUCGAAGCUCGUCUUAUCCGUUUGUUCAACGAUCUUCACAGAUACACGCAAGCCUUACCGCUAGCUGCUGAUCUAAUUCGCGAACUGAAGAAAUUGGAUGACAAAGAUGUGCUUGUGGAAGUGGAAUUGGAGGAAAGCAAGGCAUUCUACCACCUUGGAAAUAUCGGAAGAGCUCGUGCUUCCUUGACCGGUGCCCGUACAACUGCUAAUGCCAUAUACGUUCAACCAAGAAUGCAGGCCGCUCUCGAUCUGCAGUCUGGAAUCUUGCACGCGGCUGAUGAAAAAGAUUUCAAGACGGCGUUUUCUUACUUCUAUGAAGCAUUUGAAGGAUACGCCUCCGUUGAUGAGAAGAACUUGGCACUCUUAUCAUUGAAGUACAUGCUUUUGUGCAAGAUUAUGCUGGAUCUACCUGACGAUGUUAAUACACUAUUGACCGGUAAACUUGCUCUCAAAUAUUCUGGCACUGAUUUGGAAGCGAUGCGCGCUAUAGCGGCAGCUGCUAAGAAACGAAGUCUCGCCGAUUUUAACACUGCUUUCGGCGCUUAUCCACAAGAAUUGCAAAUGGACCCAGUCGUGCGCAAGCACUUCCACUCCCUUAGUGAAAGGAUGCUUGAAAAGGAUCUCUGUCGUAUCAUUGAACCAUACUCAUACGUCCAGAUCGAUCACAUAGCGAACAGCAUCGGUAUCGAUCGAGAAAAGGUUGAAAAGAAACUCUCUCAGAUGAUCCUCGACAAGAAAUUCAGCGGUUCAUUGCAUCAAGGCGAUGGAAUGCUGAUCGUUUAUGACGUCUCAUCACCGGAUGCUACCUAUGAAACGGCAUUGAAAACAAUUCACGCUAUGGGUGAGGAGCAGGGCUUAUCCACGGGUAUCAACAUCCGUUUCUGCUUGUCCCGCAACUUGAGAAAGCGUGCAAGGAACAUCCAAAGGUGA